CAUGGCGAGCCGCCGCCGGGCCCCGCGCCGGAGCGGUGGGGGGCGCUGACCCGGCCCCGCCCCGGCCCCGGCGGACCCUCCGCGCCGCCCCCUGUGUCCCGUGCUAUGAGCAUUCAGUGUGACUUCUCCGCGAGCAGCUGCAAAUGAAAAUGGAGGAUAUGUCUUUGUCUGGCCUGGAUAACAGCAAACUGGAGGCCAUCGCACACGAGAUCUACACGGAGCUGGUGGAGGAUGCCUGCCUGGGGCUCUGCUUCGAGGUGCACCGGGCUGUCAAGUGUGGGUACUUCUUCCUGGAUGACACGGACCCCGACAGCAUGAAGGACUUUGAGAUCGUGGACCAGCCGGGCGUGGACAUCUUCGGGCAGGUGUACAACCAGUGGAAGAACAAGGAGUGCGUGUGCCCCAACUGCAGCCGCAGCAUCGCCGCCUCCCGCUUCGCCCCACACCUGGAGAAGUGCCUGGGCAUGGGCCGCAACAGCAGCCGCAUCGCCAACCGCAGGAUCGCGAGCAGCAACAACCUGAACAAGUCGGAGAGUGACCAGGAGGACAACGAUGACAUCAAUGACAACGACUGGUCCUAUGGCUCCGAGAAGAAAGCAAAGAAGAGGAAAUCGGAUAAGAACCCCAACUCGCCGCGCAGGUCCAAGUCCCUGAAACACAAAAAUGGCGAGAUCGGCGGGAACCCCGAUCCCUUCAAGUACAGCAACUCGGCUGGAAUCAACUACGAGACGCUGGGCCCCGAGGAGCUGCGGACGCUGCUCACCACGCAAUGCGGGGUCAUCUCCGAACACACCAAGAAGAUGUGCACCAGGUCCCUGCGGUGUCCCCAGCACACGGAUGAGCAGCGCAGGGCAGUCCGGGUUUACCUCCUCGGGCCCUCCGCGUCCCUGCCCGAGGCCGAGGGCGGCGUGGAGAACGACAGCUUCGAGGUGGCCGAGAGCCAGGCCCUGAUGAGCCGCCUGCAGUGGGACGGCUCCUCUGACAUCUCCCCCUCUGACUCAGCCUCCUCCAAAGCCAGUACAAACAACUCCGAGUCCCGCAAGACCAAGAAGAAGAAGCCCCACUUAGGGCUGGUGAGCGGCACCCCAGGGCUCGGCUCCAGCAAGAAGAAGAAGCCCAAGCCCCCCGCCCCCCACACCCCCAGCAUCUACGAUGACAUCAACUGAGCCCCGUGGAGCUGGGGAGGGGCAGGACGGACAGAGGGACGGACAGGGGUCAGGACAGCCCCCAGGCACCCCUGGGCCGGACACAACGCGGGUACCGGAGCACGGAGGACUCGGCUGUCGCUGGAUGGGGCUGGAUUUGGGGAGCCCCCAUUGGUGCCCCCCUUCCUUCCCCCCUGUCCCGGUGCCUCUAUUUAUUCUGUGACAGUUUUUGUACGUGGGGCUCCCGUCAGGGCGUCUCACUUGGACAUGGGGGUACAGCCCCCCUUCCCCUCCCAGCGCCCCCAAAGCCACCCGUGCCCCCCCACACCUGCUCCUCACCCAGUGGGGUGGGGGGCACCUGAACACCCUGGGCAGGUCGGGGUCUGGGUCAGGAGGCUGUGAAUGCCCCCUGCCCCGGGGUUUUGGGGUGAGCCCCCCACCCUGGGGCUGCCCCCCUCCCUACCCCGGGCUGGCACUCGCUGGUCGGGCUGGCUCAGGAGGGGGGGUCACACUGGAGGGGGACAAGUGGGGACCCUCUCACCCCCCAAAUCUGUUCAGCUGUGCCUGCAUUCAGCUGUUAGGGGUCCUGGGUGCCUGGCAGUGCCCACACAGUGGGGUCACGGGGGGCUGCAUGCUGCAUCCUUCAUGUUUGGGGCUGUUUGGGGGUGGGUCUGGGGGCGGGGGGAGCUGCUGUGACCAUCCCUGCACCAAACUUUGGGGAAGGGGGACCCCAACCUGCCAGGGACCUCUGGGGGGAGCUGGGAUUGGAGCAAAACUGGGGGGGGAAGCACAGCCCGGCUUCAGCGCAGAGCCCCCCACACCUCUGUCCCCAGGGCAGCUCCGUGUCCCCCUGGCGUGGGCCUGGGGAGCUGCUGCUCCAGUCGGGGAGUCAGUGGGAACCCCCCACAGCUCUGGCAGGGUUUGCAGCCCCACAGGCUCCACUUUUGUUUGGGGAGGCCGGGACCAGCGCCCCGCUGUGCGGGCCGGGGGGGGACAGGUCCCUCUGGCUGGAUCCAGGUCACCCCCUGCCCUGUGCUCCCCUCCCCUCCCGCAGCUGUUCUCCAUCGCAGGGGCUGUGCUGGGGACAGGGUUGGCUCCAUCCCCUCUGCUGUCCCCCUCCAUGGCUGGCUGACCCCCCCUUUGGCCAUAUGUCCCCAGGGGAGCUGUGUCUGUCCCUCCACCCUGGUGCCGUGGCUCAUCCUCUCGCUGGGACUCACAAAUUAUGGUGCUCUCGACUCCGGAUUCACUAUUGUUUUCAAACUGCUGCUAAAGGCUGGGCUGGGGGGGUCCCGCAGAGCCCUGGGCACCUCAAAAUGCUGCAGGCCCCCCACUGCAUGGAGACCCCCGUGUGGUCCCUCCUGAUGUGGCUUUGGGGCUGGAGGGGUCUGGCCCCCGGAGCAUGCCAAGCUGGCCUUCGCGUGCCCCGGGGCUUGAGGACGGGGCUGUGGGCACCCAAAACCACGGGGGACCACCCCAAACUGCCUGGGGGGGCACGGCGAGCUGGGGGUGUGGGGGGAGCAGCCUGAGCCCCUUCAGCUGCAGGAGAGGCGCUGCCAUUUGGGGUCCAAGGGGUGUUAACAGGGCUUGGGGGGCUCAGACCGUGCCCUGUGACACCCCCAGGUCGGUGUCCUCACCCCCCCCCCCUCCCCCAGUGUUUGUGCGUGUCCCCCCCGAGGGGGAGCUGAGCCCUUGUGAGGUCUGUGUGUCCCGUGAGUGGGUUGUGGCUGCCCCUGUAAAUAAAACUGCAUCUUGACUUGGUA